GUGCAAACCCCGCCUAUCCUAGUUGGAGCGCACGCCCUCACAUCUUGUUGUGGUUAUGCUUUGUUAGCCAGCUAACUAUCUAGCUAUGAUUGGUUAUCACUGGGAAAGACGCAUUUAGACAUCUUUUUUUUUUUUUUUUAAUCUAAACAAAUUGCCAUACUUACUAUCGAAGAUUAAUAAGACAGCCGUUUGAUUCGAAGGAUAUCCCUUCUCUCUAUUCAUAGGUAACGUUAAGUAACAUACUACCUAGUGAGCUAGCUAGUAGCUAGCUAGGCACUGUACAGUUUGCUAGCAACAUUGCUAGUUAUAUCUAGACAUCUAGCGUUAAUCGGCUGCUACAAGGGUAGCUAGUUAAUGUUAUUGCGUAUUUCAAGGAAUAUUCACUAACCUUAUGUCUGACAUUCGCUAGCUAGCCACCCCCCAGAGAUGAAUGUAGCGAUAGCUUGUAUCAAUUUGUAUUGGUAACAGCCAGGCAGCCAGCUCUCUUUGUCAGCAGUUGAAAACUUAGCUAGCAAACCUGUUGACAACAAUACAUAGCCAUGUUUGGUAGGUUGAGGGAGUUUGUACCAUUGUAAUUCUGUGGUUUUUACAAUACAUUAGUUUUUGCAUGGUAUUCUACGUUGUUUAUAAAUAUUUUAGUAAUUGACCUGGCACUGGUGUUUAUUCAACUGCUGCCUUUAUAUUGAGUAAAUAUGAUAUCCUGCAGCAUUCCUUUUGUGGCAGACAAAUGACUCAAGCUGCCUCCUUGAUCUUGUCCUAUAGGAUGACACGGAAGUGUACUGCGGCUCCGGGGAGAUGACCUGCACCCCCCUAGGGCAUGGUCAGGAUGGGGCCAGAUGUGCCCCUGCUCAAUGAAUACAAGCAGGAGUUCUUCUGGAAGCGCUUCCCUCAGACGGUGCUGGGGGGUCCGCGCUUUAAGUUGGGCUACUGCGCCCCGCCUUAUGUCUAUGUCAACCAGGUGGUCUUGUUCUUGACACCAUGGCUGUUAGGUGGCAUUGGCACGCUGCUGUGCCAGCUGCAGCUGCUGGAGGAUCUCCACGCUGCCAUGCUCUCUGGUCUGCUCAUGCUUGGGGCAGCAGUGGGUGUCCAGGCCCUGGCACUAUACGCUACCCGCAGGAAUGGCAUGGUGGAGCGGCUGGGAGUGCCCAACAUCCUGGCUGAUGAGGAGGAGGUGGAGUUCACCCACUGUGUAGGCCCAGAGACGGUGAGGUUCAUCGCCCCGGGGAAGAGGUUUGGGCUGAACGUGGUGCUCCACACCGUGCUGGCGGGGGCCAUCUGUGGCCUGGGGACAUGGUAUGUGCUCCUUGGCAGGUUGACUGCACUCUAUGGCAGUGUGGGUGUAGCCUUGGUGGUCUUUGUCCUGAGCUGGGUGACUCUGUGUACAGCGGAGUACUCCCUUAUCGUCAACACGGCCACAGAGACGGCCACAUUCCAGGCACAGGACACCUAUGAGAUCACCCCACUCACCCGACCACUCUACAUAUUAACUUUCAUAGCUGUGGACCUAGCUGAUCGGUAAGAUAGAAAUAACUAAAUUGGCCUCUGACUAUUUUGAAACUAGUUAUGGAUACAUUUUCAGAGGAGAUGAUUGAUUACAUUUUGUGACUCUUUGCUUCUUUUUUUGCUUCCAGAUUUACAGGUCCAGUGCCAGAGCUCCAGCUAACCAGUCAGGUGCUUCAUGUGGUGUUCCUGGUCCUACCUCUGCUGUGGGCGCUGGGUACGCUUUCACCACUGGACGCCCUCCUCCUUUGGGGCAUGGAACAAGCUCUGGUGUUCGGUUUGGGCGGCUCUCCCAUGUCCAGUAACCUUAGGUAUAUUUUCCUUACUACAUCAGUUGUUUUUUGUCAACAUUUAGUUUGUCAACAUGUAGUUCAAUCUGAUUAUACUUGUCACUGAUUUAGUUCCCUGAGCUCUUUACCAUAUGCCUGUUUCCUUGGCCUGGUUGAGCUUGAUCAGCUCUUCUCUGACUCUGUGUGCUCUCUGUCCUUCCUACAGAUUGCUGGGGAUGUUCGCCAUGUCUGUAUGUGUCCCUGUUUGUACCUUCUUCAUCCCAUCCACCUUGGGUGUGGUCCUCUUCUUGAUGGCCAUGGGGUUUCUGCUUAGUUUGGAUCUCAGCCAGUUUGGGACAUAUUGUGGAGGAGGGUCCAGGGGAGCCCAUGGUGACAGUGGAUGGCGUAGGGGGGCAUCACCUGCCCCUCCCAGCUGGCGGCUGGGCUGCAGUGAGCUGUUGCUCUACCUGGGGCUGCUGCUGGGGGCCAUGACUGAGGCAGGGCUCUUACAUCACUUCCUCAGUCCCUCCCAGCCCCAGAACCUGGCAUGGGGUUCUCAAGCUGCUGUCAGCUACCUCCUCAUCGUCCUCUUCAUCGUCUGCUGGGCUCUCCGAGAGAUCCAGGGAACCUAUGUUUUUGGAGGAGUGUUCCUCAACCCCCUGUACCCAAGAGGAAUGGCCAAUGUCCGGGUGUUCAAGCAGCGAAGCAGGGGUCUCCACGUGGCUGGGGCCAUCAGGAGGGUGCUGCUCAAUCUGGGUGAGCUCAUAUUUUAAUAUAGAGCAUUGCUUUGUUAUUACUAUAAAACUAUACAUUCAUCUUAUUACACUUUGUUUUACUUUGCAGUGUCUCCCUUUGCAAUGAUUGCUUUCCUGGCUCUGGAUGGCUCUGUUCAGCAGCUCCACACAGCCUCUCUCAGCGUGGGAUUCACCCGGGCCUUCAGAGUGGUACACAUGGAUUAUCUUAUGUAUAACCUAAGCAUGUUUAUCAAUGAGAGAUUUUCUCUCCAGUGACCUCAUCAUGACCAUUAAUCCUCAGACUAUGUUAUUAAUAUGAUUUAGGUCAUGAUGAUUGAGUCGUGGGUCUCUGUGUUGUGCAGGUGUGGCAGAGCUCUGAGGAUGCCCUGCUCCAGAUGGUGGUGGUGGUGUCAGUGAGGCUGGCUGCAGGGGAUACCAGACUUCCUGGGUGGGACAGCCUGGGCACAGGGGUCCAGCUCCUUCUGGUAACAACACAUUACAUGACUUCUGGCAUAGAGCUAAUGAGGCAUGACAUUUAGUCAGAUCACAGGUUAAACAUUAUGUAAUGCUUUAGUCAUUGAUUCAUUGUCUAGUUGUUGUUUUUGCCCAGAAUGUUUUUCUCCACUGAAAACAAAAAUCAAAGCAAUACUACUGAGUCCUGGUUCAAUCACACUCUUUAUGUCCCUCUUUGCCCUACCGAGGUGGGCCUGCUGAGUGAUAGGCUGCUCCAGUUCCUGUCCAAGCUGAAGUUUGCCCUGGCUGUGCUGGUGACCUCCUGGACAGAGAAGAAACAGCGCCGCCAGUCGGCCGGGACCCUCCUGGCCCUGAACGCCUCCCUGUGUCCUCUGCUGCUCUCUGUGGUGGUACUGUCAGCCAUGCUCUCUGCUCCUUUGCUGCCCCUCUUCACCCUGCCCAUCUUCCUGGUGGGCUUCCCCAGGCCUCAGCGCAGUUGGCCUGGGCCCGUGGGCACCGCCUGCCCCUGUCCAGACUCCAUCUACUACCAGCAGAUUAGUGGGAGCCUGGCCUGUGCUCUGAGGAGCGCCUUCGCCAGGGGAUCACUUGGUUAGUGGGUCUCAUUCUUUAGUUUUCUCCCUCUCUAUCUGUUUUUCUUCUUAAAUAUUUUUCCCAUUCAUUGGUGUAGUUAAAGUGCUUUGAUAUAACUGUUUAAUUAUUUAUAGACAUCGCUUUGUUUGUGUGAAAAUAAUGUAGCUUAUAUUGAUUAAAUGUAUGCCAUUGUAAAAAUAAAACAGGGGAAAAAAACAAUCUUGGUGGAAACAAAAAGUAUUUGAAAUGGUGUUCUGUUGUUACUGCUAGUGGUUGGAAAAUGAAUGUCUUAUUUUCCCAACAAUAGGGUAAAAGAGUCAACUGAAAACAUGCUCAACACCUAAUGCAGUAUCUCAAUAAAUUGACCUAGGCUCUUUAUUGUGAAAUGUAUACUAUUUUCCAUGUUACUGAUAGUAUACAUUUCACAGUAAAGAGCCUAGAUCAUUUAAUUGAGAUAAUGCAUUAGGUGUUGAGCAUAUGUUCUCAAGGUGUUAAUAGAGCUCAACUUUUAAAUCAGUCGAGCAGGGACUGAAAUAGCCGGAUGGGGGAAGCCUCUUAUGGUUUCAUAUUAAGAGGAAUGUUGUUGUGAGUCGCUCAGUAGAGCCGCCCGCUAUAAUGCAAGCUUGCAGGAUCCAGUUGUGCUUCCUGUGAAGUGAUCUGAACAAAUUCACUCUGAUAAUAAUAAUAAUAAUAUGCCAUUUAGCAGACGCUUUUAUCCAAAGCGACUUACAGUCAUGCAUGCAUACAUUUUUGUGUAUGGGUGGUCCUGGGGAUCGAACCCACUACCUUGGCGUUACAAGCGCCGUGCUCUACCAGCUGAGCUACAGAGGACCACACUGAUCUGUGUUCAUUACAUCCAAAUGUUUCCACACCAUUAACCUCGUAAUACUCUUAACCCAACCGGAGCCGCUUCUAAAAUGUUGUUCAGUGCUCUAUUUGCUGUCAGGAAGGGGGCAAGGAAAAAACAGAGCAAGUACAAGCUUCAUUAUUUAUGGGUUGACGACUCAAAACAGACAGACUGCUACAGUGAUGUCAUCACUCUAUCUUAUUGUGUUCUUGGCUAGCUGGGGGUGCCUGAGCUGUGAUGUAUCAUUUAGGCUAAGUGCUUGUUUGGUCUUGAUACACACAGUAGAAAGAGGAGGGUUUGGAGUGUAGUGUUCUCUUUUUUCCUUUGCCCCCUCUGUGACAUUGGGGGCCGUGCAUCAGUGAGCGGGAGCGGAGAACGCACAAGGUGUCACUUCCCAUCACGGGGUGGCAUCUGUGACUAUUCCGAGACAUCGCUAUGGGAUAUGACAUUAUCCUUGAGCAAUGAGAACACUAGUCAAACUUGAAACAAAAUCAAACAUCGCUCUGCCACUACCAAAACGUCUGUCCUCUCUCCCCUCUGUUAACCAAAAAUGAAAGGCCCCCUCAUACAAAGUCUACUCCCAUAAGAAUAAUUAAUAUUUAGAGACUAAUGGAAAGUCCAGGGCAGAGAAGAAAUUCAAUAUUUAGAUCUCUGUGCAGUCAGGCGGUUUAAACUGUAUCAUGACCUUUCUGUACAACUGAAAUGGUAAGCGUCAACCUGCAGCUCAUCCGGCAGCCAAGUUAUCCAGUCAAGCCAGCCGAGAGACUCACUACUGAUGCAAAAUGAAAGAGCUGUGUGACCAGGGGGCACUUGUCUAUGUAUAUGUUGUAUGUACUCCAAGCUUUAUCAUCUCCAGACCACAGAGGACAUCAUCUCUCUGACUGCAUGUCCUAUAAUAAUAAAUGACCACUGGGAUGACUGAGUCCAAAUCUAACACCACUCAAAGGCUGCGAUGAGAAUAUGCUAUGAAUAGAGAAUCAGCCUUGUCAAAAAGCUUGGCUGGGGGUAAGUGUAUGAAGAAGCUGAUAGGCCUAAGCUUGUUUUCUUUCUUCCCCUCGUAAGGUGCUCUGACUCCUGGCUCCCACUUCCUGGGUCGCUUCCAGGACCGUGUGGUUUGGAUCAUGAUCUUAGAGAGAGGAUAUGGCUACUGUACUGUCAACAUCAAGGUACUGGUUCUUUUAAUGGUUGUUAUUUGUUUGAAUCACAAAUUUGUGGUGAACAUGCAGUAUAGACAACAGAUUUGACGGUUGUUUUGUUUCAGGGUCUGGAGCUGCAGGAGACCUCGUGCCACACGGUGGAGGCUCGGAGGGUGGAUGAGGUGUUUGAGGGGGCCUUUGAGCGCCCUGAGCGGCUUGGCCUCAACCAGGGGAUAAACCUGCACUGGGGUAACGCCCUCACCCCAUGUGCUGCCCUGCCUGUGCGCGUCUACUCCGACGCCCGCAAUGUGCUUUCGGGCAUCAUUGACUCGCAUGACAACCUGAGGAAGCUCCAGGAUGACUUCCUGAAGGCCCUGGUGUGGCUGCUGCUGAGGAACUGUGUCCAGAGACGAAAGGCCUUCCCCUGGGGCACUGACGAGGGGACAGGGGGCGGGGGCAGGAAGUCCCAGUCCCCUCAGCUUGGCCAAUCGACUGUCACCCAGCCUGCAGAGGCUGUCAUGGUGGAGUCCAACAUCUCCUCUCUCAGGUUUAGACGGGACAGCUCCAGUUUGACCUCCUUCGGUGACUGGUCAGAUGAUGAUGACCUGUUUGGGCCUCAGCCAGCCAGGCGGACAGUGGCAUUGGUGAGUACGGAGGCCCAGCUAGGACACACAGUGCUCCAGACAGGGCCCUCACUGCCAGGCUCUGUGGAGAUGGACAGUCUGUUUGAGAACAUGGCCCUUCAGCCCUUGCAGCCUCUGGGUUUGGGUCUGGGUCUGCCAGCUGUGGACAAAGGCAGGAACCCUGAAGUCCCCCCCACAGAGUCCUCCGGCACCUUAGUCCAUGAAAGCUUCAGCUGCCCCCACUCUGAGCUGUUCAGCCUGCCCUCUGGGUGGAGGACAGCCCCCUUGUUACCAUCCCGGUUGCAGCAGCUCAGGCCUUUGUUCCCUGAGGAAUGGUUUCGGUUCACUUUGGGAAGGUUGGCGCUGGCCGUUCAGGACGAGGCUUCGGAGGAUGUGGCGAAAGCCCUGAAGGAGGAUGGGGGGCUGAGGGACCUCCAUGCCCAGGUGGCCCUGUCAUGCCUCAUCUCCCUGGGGGCAGAGUCUGCCUUCACCAGCCCCAGCUAUGUCUACAGGGUCUACUGUGGGGACGUGCCUUGGACAGAGGGUCUGAAGUGGCUCUCUGAAAACAAAGAACUUUACCAGCUUGCACUUAAGGCUUUCAGGUAAAGAUGGCAGGGGUGAAACAUGGGUAUAGUUUGUACCCAAUUUAGAGAAUCUAAAACUUGUAUACUGGAUGUGUGUUAUACAUAUUCAAUGUUUAUAUCCAAAGCCUGUCCCUGUAACUCCUGAUCUAUUUGUUUUCAGGUACAGUUUCAAGCUGCUGUUUGAUCAGGCGAGUCUGGGGCCCAUGGAGAGUCUUGAGGAGCUGUUCAGCACCCUGGAGGAGUAUGAGAGGGACUGGUACAUCGGCCUGGUGGCUGAGAGAGGCUGGCAGGACGGUGUCCUACAGGAGAAACCCUUCCUCUUCUCGCUGGGCCAUGACCUCACCAUGGUAACCUUACUCACCACACUACGCCUCAGUGUUUUUCUUGUUACUAAGUAGCUCACUAUGGUAACCUAACAAACACCUGUUCUUUGGAUUAGCCAUAAACUUGGUCUUUGUUGGUAGCGUGUAUUAAGUGGUCCUGUCUUUGGCAGUGGUCAGUACAGUAAGUGACCCCUACCUGCCUGUCUCCUCUCUCCACAGGGCACUUACACAGGGCGGGUUCUGUCCCUGCAGGAGCAGCUGGUUCAGGUAGGCCGUCUGAACGGGGAGGGGGUGCGUGGCCAGUGGGCUAACCUGUCCUGGGAGCUGCUCUACGCCACCAACGAUGACGAGGAGCGCUACAGCAUCCAGGCCCACCCCAUCAUGCUGAGGAACCUCACUGUCCAGGCAGCCGACCCCCCUCUGGGGUACCCAAUCUACUCCUCUGUCCCCCUGCACCUCCCCUGCUUCUAACACCCAACCCUUCUCCUCUCCCUGGGACCUUCAGACUCCUCUGCUGGCCCCCUAUAAACACCCUGUCUCUGGUUUGCCCAGCUUUAUCACUGGGUAGGCCCAAUGUUGUGGCCUGUAUGUGUAACCUGUCUAUUUCACUAGAGGGUAUCCUAGGAGGGCACAUAUAAGGCAGAUCCAAACAAAUGGUUUCAUUCAUACUUAUGUCCAAAAAUUUUACGCCAGUUUUCUUGUAUGAAUUACCAAAUGUGUGGUACUAGUUCAAACAAUGAAAUGUAAGUGUUCUGGGAAAUAAAUAUAUUUACAAGGGACACGUUUGUUCAGAAUAGUUUUUUAAUCAUUCACAUACUCUGGAACAAAGAGUUGUAUCACUUGUCAAUGAAAUGUUUUCUUUUUGUACUGUAGUUGCAAAUGUUUUUUGUAGUUUGUUUUUAUCUAACUUAUCGCUUGUACUUGAGACUUGUACUUGAGACCCAUGGGGCGGCGCACAAUUGGCCCAGCGUCGUCCAGGGUA